UGUGCCGGGGUCGCGCACGCAGGUCUCUGCCCUAAUGCGGAGCAAGAGGGGAAAGAAAAGCAGCAUUCUGUCAGACUGUCACCUCGGGCACAUAGCACUCAGCCACACAGCACCUUUCCUCACACAUUAUACAAAGAGGACCUGUCUGACUGCGUCCUGUCUACCACGUUAUAGCGCCAAGAACCAGGGGCACCUCUCUCCGCCUUCAUCACCAAACCUGCACAUCCUCUGCAUCAUCCUUCCAGCACACACAUUACCUGAACUCUGUGGCAUCUGAGUCAUCUAUACCUAUGAUGUACCGAGAAUCCCUGUGAGCUACAGAGCCCCGUCUAAACGUAGCAGUCAUCUUUAAAUACCCAGUUUGUAGGAAACAUCUCUUCUGCAGCCAGCGCUAUCCCACGAGCACGCUGCGGGGACCCGGCAUUUCCUUGCACCACCCACCAUAUCUCCAUAUCAUCAUAACUCGGUGCAUCGCCUAUCCAGGAGCCAAAGGAGGGAGGAUACCUGCAGGCCACCUGGAAAAGAUCCGCACCCUGCUAGCAUCCCGCGUUCCACGGGCUGCGCAUCAGCAUCAGCACCCGAGUGUGUUCGGCGAGAGCAGCUCCCAACGGAGGGACAUGACAGCCUGAAAACUACUGUGUAUUCAAGAAAACAGAUCUGGCACCCAGUAGAACAGCAAGAUGUCACAGCACUCUAUAUUGAACAUCUUCAUUUUUAGCUUUUUCCAUCUAAUCUUCGCCAUUGAUGUGCCUUUGGACCCAAACAUUCAGAAAGACUUAAUUCAGCCCCCCACCAUCACCAAACAGUCUGUGAAGAAUUAUAUAGUGGACCCACGUGACAACAUCGAAAUUGAAUGUGAAGCUCAGGGGAACCCAUAUCCCACGUUUUCGUGGACGCGAAAUGGAAAGUUUUACAAUGUAGCCAAAGACUCCAGAGUUUCCUACCGCCGGUAUUCUGGUACACUUGUUAUUGACAUUCAUGGAGGAGGACGACCUGAAGACUAUGAGGGGGAUUAUCAGUGUUUUGCCCGAAAUGAACAUGGGACAGCCCUUUCCAACAAGAUUCUGUUACAAGUCUCUAAAUCACCUUUGUGGCCCAAAGAAAAUCUCGAUCCAGUAGUUGUAAAUGAAGGUGCUUCCCUAAUCUUGCAGUGUAACCCUCCACACGGACUCCCACCUCCAGUCAUAUUUUGGAUGAGCAGCUCUAUGGAACCAAUCACCCAGGACAGGAGGGUGUCUCAGGGUCUGAAUGGGGAUUUAUAUUUUUCUAAUGUUCUGCGCCAGGAUGCGCAGACAGAUUACAGCUGCAAUGCUCGAUCCCACUUUACACAUACAAUCCAACAGAAGAAUGCAUAUACUCUGAAAGUGCUGACCACGCGAGGGGUGGCAGAGCGGACCCCAACUUUCUUGCUGCCUACAGGUACUUCCAGUAGUAAGUUGGUGUUACGUGAUGAAGAUCUGCUUCUGGAAUGUAUUGCCUCUGGAGUCCCAACACCAGACAUCAUGUGGUAUAAAAAAGGAGGGGAACUUCCUAACCAGAAGCUGAAAUUUGAGAAUUUUAAUAAGACACUCCGCAUUGUUAAGGUGUCCGAAGAGGACACUGGCGAGUAUUUUUGCCAGGCAUCUAACAGGAUGGGGAGCAUCCGCCACACCAUCUCCGUCCGAGUAAAGGCGGCACCGUAUUGGCUUGAUGAACCCAAAAAUCUCAUUUUGGCACCAGGAGAGAAUGGGCGUUUGGUGUGUCGUGCCAAUGGCAGUCCCAAACCCACCAUCCAGUGGCUGAUGAAUGGAGAACCCAUCACAGUUCCGAACCCCAAUUUUGAGGUUGCUGGUGAUACCAUCAUUUUCCGUGAAGUACAGAGUGGCAACAGUGCAGUGUUUCAAUGCAAUGCCUCCAACGACCAUGGAUACCUGCUGGCCAAUGCUUUCGUCAGCAUUCUUGAUGUUCCCUCUCGGAUGUUGGGCCCCAGGAACCAAUUGAUAAGAGUAAUUGAAUACAACAGGACUCAGCUGGACUGCCCAUUUUUUGGCUCUCCGAUACCCACUCUUCGGUGGUUUAAGAAUGGGCAAGGCAGUAACUUGGAUGGCGGGAACUACCGGGUGCAUGAGAAUGGUACACUGGAGAUUAACACUGUACGCAAAGAGGAUCAAGGCAAAUACACAUGUGUGGCUACCAAUAUUCUGGGCAAUGCUGAAAAUACUGUACGGCUGGAGGUCAAAGAACCUACUCGCAUUGUCAAGGGUCCAGAAGAUCAGAUUGCCAAGAGAGGCUCCACAGUCCGCCUUGAUUGUCGAGUGCGGAGUGACCCAUCUCUCAGACUUACUGUGACAUGGAUGAAGGAUGAAUCUCAAUUGUAUAUAAGUAACAAGAUGAAGAAGGAGGAUGAUGCCCUUACAAUAUUUGGAGUAGCAGAGAAGGACCAAGGAGCUUACACAUGUGUAGCUAAAACAGAGCUGGAUCAAGACUUUGCAAAAGCCUACCUCACUAUCCAGGAAACUUCCUCCUCACCUACUAGUCGACUGACUUCCACUCUUAGAGAUAAACCAGACCCUCCUAUGGACCUGGAGCUAACUGACCUGGCAGAGAGGAGUGUCCGUCUCACCUGGGUACCUGGUGAUGACAACAACAGUCCAAUUACAGGUUUCAUUAUACAAUUUGAGGAGAACCGUUAUCAGUCAGGCACCUGGCACAACCUUGCCUCCGUUCCUGGUAAUGUGAACACUGCAGUCCUUCGGCUGUCACCAUAUGUCAAUUACCAGUUUCGGGUUUUAGCACUGAAUGAGCUUGGAAGCAGCAUGCCCAGUCCUUCUUCUGAACGCUAUCAGACCAAUGGUGCUGCUCCAGAAAUUAACCCAAGUGAUGUUCGGGGAGUAGGAACGCGCAAAGACAACAUGGAGAUUACAUGGACACCACUUAACUCUACGCAAGUGUAUGGGCCAAACCUACGCUACAAUGUCAAGUGGCGUCAGCGUCACACAGGCGAACCUUGGAGCAACGUCACUGUAUGGGGCAACAGGCACGUGGUGUGGCACACUCCAGUGUACACUCAAUACGAAAUACGAGUGCAGUCUGAAAAUGACUUUGGGAAGGCUUCAGAACCUGGCACUGUGUUUGGAUACUCUGGCGAGGACUAUCCUAAGGCUGCACCCACUGACAUAAAGUUGCGAGUCGUCAACAGCACUGCCAUCGCCCUUUCAUGGACACGUGUGGCACCAGCAUCUAUUCGAGGAAACCUUCUGGAAUACAGAGCCUAUUACUGGAGGGAAAGUAGUUUGCUGAAGGGACACUGGGUUUCCCAAAAGAAGCAACAUCAAAGUUUUAUUGGGGACAGAGUGCGAGGGAUCGUGUCGCAGCUAAUCCCGUACAGCAACUACAAACUGCAUAUGGUAGCAGUGAAUGGGCGAGGAGAUGGCCCGAAGAGUGACACUAAGGAGUUUACCACCCCGGAGGGAGUGCCCAGCGCGCCAACAAAUGUUAAAGUCUAUGAGCCAAACCGGGAGACUGUUGUUCUGGAAUGGGGACCACCAGAGCAUCCUAAUGGGAACCUGACUGCAUACACCCUACGCUACCAAGCAUUCAAUGGGACACGACUGUCGAAAGCUGUGGUGGAAACACUGUCCCUCAACCAGACAAAGUAUAUAGUACACAGAACAGACCCAGUGUCCAGGUAUCGCUUCUUCCUCAGUGGGCGCACUCAGGUUGGCGCCGGAGAAGUCAAAACAGUUGAGUCUCCCAUCAAACAGGACGAAGCUUCACCCACAUCAGUUGCUCCCUCAUCUCCUGUACCUGUAACAGAUGUUCCCACAGAAGUUCCAACUGUUCCCCCAACCACUACUGGUGCUACCAAAACUAUGCCCCCUACUACUAUCAGCGCCACAACAACCGUCUUUGCUACCACCACUGGCACUGAGAGCUCGCUGACAACAGUGACUAGUGUCCAUGAAUUAGCCACCUUUGGACAUCUUUUGUGGAACGUCACGGCUGUGCCCAACAGCUACUGGGCAAACAUCUCCUGGAUGCAUAACUUAGAGCCAGACUCUAAGUUAAUGGUUGAGUAUAAGGACAGUAAUGAAACAAAGAUAGGAAUUCCUGUUAAAGCUCACCCCCCAUUCAUCCAGCUGACUGACCUGAUUCCUGGGAUGACCUACAGGUUACGGGUGUACUCCCAGGAAAAUCCCUCAAUCCAAAGUCCAUUAUUGACUUUCCAGACAAGCUCAGCAUAUACCAGGAACCAGGUGGACAUCGCCACCCAAGGCUGGUUUAUUGGGCUGAUGUGUGCAGUUGCCCUUCUGGUACUCAUCCUACUCAUUGUAUGCUUUAUCAAAAGGAGUCGAGGAGGAAAAUACCCAGUGCGUGAAAAGAAGGAGGUAGCUCUGGGUCCAGAAGAUCAGAAGGAGGAGGAUGGUUCUUUUGACUACAGUGAUGAAGACAACAAGCCUCUUCAAGGUAGCCAGACUUCGCUGGAUGGAACGAUAAAACAACAAGAGAGUGAUGACAGCCUUGUGGAUUAUGGGGAGGGAGGAGAGGGUCAGUUUAAUGAGGAUGGUUCUUUUAUAGGGCAGUACACUGUGAAAAAAGACAAGGAUGAGACGGAGGGGAAUGAAAGUUCAGAGGCCACCUCACCAGUUAAUGCCAUCUAUUCACUGGCAUAGGACACUGCCAACCCCCUUCCCUUAUCCCUUACCACCCCCAUGUCUUAGCCUCUGUUAUACCUACUGGCAGCACAGAUAAACCCUUUACCCUGUUAGGUUCUGAUGGGACACCUACAGCUUGACACCCUUUGGAACUCUGGGUUUUAAAAAUCCAGGAGGACGUCCUAGAAGUCUGCUAUCUGUUGUGGCUGCUGCAAGCCAAUACCAGUAGUACUACAAGAUGGGAUCUUUCUCUCCACCCUGCCUUGCAAUCCAUAUACUACAGUUUCAAGAUUGUCCACCAGAGGGAUUCAAGGUUCUUUUUGUUUGGAACAGUUGAAUUGUAAAGACUAACUGGGCAUGCAAAUAAUCAGAGAAAAAAAAGGAUUGAAAUUUCUUUUUUCCAAGGGUCAGUAUUUGCAUGAGUAAUGGAAAAUUCUACUUUUGUUAUCAAUGGAGCAUUUAUAUCAGGAAGGCAACAGGACCAAGUAUGGAGGAGCUAUACAAAAUGCAUUGUCACUAACCCUACACUAGCAGAAAUGUUGUGGUUUUUAUUAAUUUGCCCCUUCCCCAAACAUGGACUAUUUUGAUGUAGGCAAUUUGUCCUGCUUAAUUUUCAGUAACAAAUACAGGACAAUAAGGCACAGCUACACCAUUACAUCUCCUGGAAUAUAAUGGAUAUUUCA